UUGUCCUUACCCAUAACUAUUUUACAUUUGGGGACAAUGUAUACCUUCAGAUCAGUGGCACUGCUAUGGGUACCCGCAUGGCCCCACAGUAUGCCAACAUUUUUAUGGCUGAUUUAGAACAACGCUUCCUCAGCUCUCAUCCCCUAACUCCCCUCCUCUACUUGCGCUAUAUUGAUGACAUCUUCAUCAUCUGGACCCAUGGAAAAGAAGCCCUUGAGGAAUUCCACCAUGAUUUCAACAAUUUCCAUCCCACCAUCAACCUCAGCCUGGUCCAGUCCACACAAGAGAUCCACUUCCUGGACACUACAGUGCUAAUAAGCAAUGGUCACAUAAACACCACCCUAUACCGGAAACCUACUGACUGCUAUUCCUACCUGCAUGCCUCCAGCUUUCACCCUGACCACACCACACGAUCCAUCGUCUACAGCCAAGCUCUGCGAUACAACCGCAUUUGCUCCAACCCCUCAGACCGAGACAGACACCUACAAGAUCUCUAUCAAGCAUUCUUACAACUACAGUACCCACCUGCGGAAGUGAAGAAACAGAUUGAUAGAGCCAGAAGAGUACCCAGAAGUCACCUACUAUAGGACAGGCCUAACAAAGAAAAUAACAGAACGCCACUAGCCGUCACCUUCAGCCCCCAACUAAAACCCCCCCAACGCAUUAUUAAGGAUCUACAACCUAUCCUGAAGGAUGACCCAACACUCUCACAAAUCUUGGGAGAGAGGUCAGUCCUUGCCUACAGACAGCCCCCCAACCUGAAGCAAAUACUCACUAGCAACCACAUACCACACAACAGAACCACUAACCCAGGAACCUAUCCUUGCAACAAAGCCCGUUGCCAACUGUGCCCACAUAUCUAUUCAGGGGACACCAUCACAGGGCCUAAUAACAUCAGCCACACUAUCAGAGGCUCGUUCACCUGCACAUCCACCAAUGUGAUAUAUGCCAUCAUGUGCCAGCAAUGCCCCUCUGCCAUGUACAUUGGUCAAACUGGACAGUCUCUAUGCAAAAGAAUAAAUGGACACAAAUCAGAUGUCAAGAAUUAUAACAUUCAUAAACCAGUCGGAGAACACUUCAAUCUCUCUGGUCAUGCGAUUACAGACGUGAAAGUCGCUAUUUUACAACAAAAAAACUUCAAAUCCAGACUCCAGGGAGAAACUGCUGAAUUGGAAUUCAUUUGCAAAUUGGAUACAAUUAACUUAGGCUUGAAUAGAGACUGGGAGUGGCUUCGUCAUUAUGCAAGAAGUCUAGAUAGAAGGGAAAUCAAAUCUCCUGACUCAGUGUGGAGUUGAUCCCCUUCAAGAGACUGCUUGGCCUCCAGCACUGCUGACGAUAGCUCCAAGUCUGCCAUAAAUUACAGCAGCUUUGUAUGACUACCUGGGGGCUGCUCUGCGCCUAGAAUAGCUGGAGUGCAGUGUGUUUCAUCCAUUCCAGCACAGUGCAGACGGCUGCAAUAUCUGAGACAAUUUCAAGCUCUGAUCGUGCUGAAUUGUUGCCAUCCUGUGACUACUCCCCAGUGUGGCCAGGAAACGUAGAGGGUUGCAACUGCCCCAAUGCAGGGGGACUCAUAACUGCGUCCUAUAAUGAAGUGCCUCGUGCUGGGAAAUAACCCAAAAGCCCCUACUGCCAGCAGCAAUACUGGGCACUAUGGGAUAAGUGCUGCAGGUGUGCUAGCAUGCACUGGUCCAACUCUGGUUGUAAGGAGCUUCGGGUGUGGAUGCUUCACAACAAUUCUGGAAAAGAAUGUUGCUGGGUACAUGUGCUAAACUGUUGCAAGGACAAACAAGAAAAUCAACCAUUUCCUACCAUCAAAGUUCCUGCAGUGGUUCCUUUGGUUUGCUGGAGUCAUGAGAGGAGCUACAGCUUCAGGCUCAGGAACUUUGCUGUGGACUUGCAGGCGGCAGGGAGUGACGGUAUCCGGUUGACAAUGGAGAGUGCUCUAACAGCCCGUGACCGUGUGGGGGUUCAGGAUUUCGUCCUGCUAGAGAACUUUACUAGCGAAGCAGCCUUUAUUGAAAACCUACGUAAACGAUUCAAGGAGAAUCUGAUCUAUACUUACAUUGGCUCAGUUCUGGUGUCAGUAAAUCCAUACAAGGAUCUGGAAAUCUACAGCAAACAACACAUGGAGCGAUACCGUGGCGUCAGUUUCUAUGAAGUCUCUCCUCACCUUUAUGCUAUUGCUGACAACUCAUACCGUUCCCUGCGCAUUGAGAGGAAGGAUCAGUGUAUCCUGAUAUCUGGGGAGAGUGGAGCUGGAAAAACUGAAGCCACCAAGAAAAUCCUUCAGUACUAUGCAGUGACAUGUCCAGCCAGUGACCAAGUUGAAACAGUGAAAGAUCGCCUCCUACAGUCCAAUCCGGUCUUAGAGGCAUUUGGAAAUGCAAAAACCCUUCGGAAUGAUAACUCCAGCCGAUUUGGGAAAUACAUGGAUGUGCAGUUUGAUUACAAGGGUGCACCUGUGGGGGGUCAUAUCCUGAACUACCUACUGGAGAAAUCUCGGGUUGUCCAUCAGAAUCAUGGAGAGAGGAACUUUCACAUCUUCUACCAGCUGUUAGAGGGAGGGGAAGAUGACCUACUGCGGCGUCUGGGCCUUGAGAAGAACCCCCAACAGUACCAUUAUCUAGUGAAGGGUCAGUGUGCCAGGGUCAGUUCCAUCAGUGAUAAAAAUGACUGGAAGGUUGUGCGAAGGGCCCUGUCCGUCAUUAACUUCAACGACAAUGAGGUAGAGGAUUUACUGAGCAUUGUCGCUAGUGUGUUGCACCUGGGGAAUGUGCAGUUUGCUGCCGAUGAACAGGGCAAUGCUCAGGUGACCACAGAGAACCAGAUUAAAUAUCUGGCUAGGCUCCUGGGGGUUGAGGGCUCUGUGCUCCGGGAAGCAUUGAUCCACAAGACGAUCAUAGCAAAAGGGGAAGAGUUGGUCAGUCCUCUGAAUUUGGAGCAGGCAGCCUAUGCACGAGAUGCUCUAGCCAAGGCAGUAUAUGGGCGCACCUUCUCCUGGCUAGUGAAUAAGAUUAAUAAGUCUCUUGCCUACAAGGAGGCAGAGUGCCCAGGCUGGAGGAGCGCAACAGUUCUAGGGCUGCUUGACAUUUAUGGAUUUGAGGUUUUCCAGCACAAUAGCUUUGAGCAGUUUUGUAUCAAUUAUUGUAAUGAAAAACUGCAGCAGCUCUUCAUAGAACUCACACUAAAAUCAGAACAAGAGGAGUAUGAGUCAGAAGGCAUAGCGUGGGAACCUGUCCAGUAUUUCAAUAACAAAAUCAUUUGUGAUCUGGUGGAAGAGAAAUUCAAAGGCAUAAUUUCUAUUUUGGAUGAGGAGUGUCUGAGACCUGGGGAUGCCACAGAUAUGACAUUUUUGGAGAAGCUAGAGGAAACGGUGAAGAAUCAUCCUCAUUUUCUCACACACAAGCUGGCUGACCAGAAGACUCGGAAGUCUUUAGGCCGAGAAGAGUUCCGUCUCUUGCACUAUGCUGGAGAGGUCACCUACAGUGUCACAGGUUUUCUGGAUAAAAACAAUGACCUUCUAUUUCGGAACCUGAAGGAGACCAUGUGCAACUCGGAGAAUACUAUCAUAAAUCAUUGUUUUGAGAGGACUGAGUUGACAGAUAAAAAGAGACCUGAAACGGCGGCAACUCAGUUUAAGAACAGUCUGUCCAAACUAAUGGAAAUUCUGAUGUCCAAGGAGCCAUCAUACAUUCGCUGCAUUAAACCUAAUGAUGCUAAACAAGCCGGUCGGUUUGAUGAAGUUCUAAUCCGACAUCAAGUGAAGUACUUAGGCCUGAUGGAGAACCUGAGAGUGCGCAGAGCUGGUUUUGCUUAUCGCCGGAAAUAUGAAAUCUUCCUGCAGAGAUACAAAUCACUGUGUUCAGAAACGUGGCCCACGUGGGAAGGGCGGCCCCAUGAUGGAGUGGCUGUGCUUGUGAAACAUCUAGGCUACAAACAGGAAGAGUAUAAGAUGGGCCGAACAAAGAUUUUUAUUCGUUUUCCCAAGACUUUGUUUGCAACAGAAGAUGCUUUGGAGAUACGGAAGCAGAGUCUGGCCACAAAAAUCCAGGCCACAUGGAGAGGCUUCUAUUGGCGACAGAAAUUCCUGCACAUGAAACAUUCAGCAAUAACUAUCCAGUCAUGGUGGCGUGGAACCCAGGGGCGCCGAAAAGCCUCCAAGAAAAAGUGGGCAGUGGAGACAAUUAGACGGUUUAUUAAAGGUUUUAUUUACCGGAACUACCCUCGCUGCUCAGAGAAUGAAUACUUCCUAGAUUACAUUCGCUACUCCUUCUUGAUGAACCUCAAACGCAAUUUACCAAAGAAUGUUUUGGACAAAUCGUGGCCAACUCCCCCUCCAUCACUCUACGAGGUAUCUCAGCUCUUGAGACAGCUGUGUAUGCAAAACAUGGUGUGGAGCUACUGCAAGAGAAUCAGCCCAGAGUGGAAACAGCAGUUAGAUCAGAAAGUGGUUGCAAGUGAGAUGUUUAAGGGUAAAAAAGACAAUUAUCCUCAGAGUGUUCCCAGACUCUUCAUCAACACUCGACUUGGCACCGAAGAGAUAAAUCCUAAAGUCCUUCAGGUUUUAGGAAAUGAAACGAUCAAGUACGCAGUUCCCGUGGUCAAGUAUGACCGGAAAGGAUACAAGGCAAGAGUGCGGCAGCUACUUCUCACCCAGAAUGCCAUCUUCAUAGUUGAAGAAGCCAAAAUCAAACAACGAAUUGACUAUGCCAAUCUGACAGGAAUCUCAGUCAGCAGCUUGAGUGACAGUUUGUUUGUGCUCCAUGUGCGCUGUGAGGAUAACAAACAGAAGGGAGAUGUUGUACUACAAAGUGAUCAUGUCAUUGAGACACUAACCAAAACUGCCAUGAGUGCUGACAAAAUCAAUAAUGUCAAUAUCAGUCAAGGCAGCAUAAAAUUUACAAUUGGGCAAGGCAAAGAAGGAAUAAUUGACUUUACUUCAGGAUCUGAACUGCUCAUAGCCAAAGCCAAAAAUGGCCACCUUGCUGUGGUUGCUCCUCGUUUGAAUUCUCGAUGAUAACAUUUGUCAGCAGGAAGGGAUCUGGAUUGCCUUUUAUACAAGUGGCUGGACAUAGUGGCCUGCAGUUUUUUUUUGUUUUGUUUUUGUUUUUGCUGCUUUGCUCAUUUUCUUAAUAGUUACCAAAGAACUACACUUCCAUAAAACAAAGUGAAAACAAGAGAAUGUAAUCUGAAACUACCCCAAAAAAAGCACCUUCUCUUUCCCCCUCCAACUACUUGGGUCUGAGUUUGUUUCCACAGCUGGGGCUUGUGAAACUCAUGUACUUGGCUGGCCUUGGGGGGAGUUAAGGUUGUCAGAGACCAAGCCCUGAAGUGAAAUUACCAGCUUUUUCUCAUCUGUCCUGAUACAUACAUACGAAAGCAUGAUCAUAAGAAAUAUGAAGUGGCAGAUCUGUAUUGGCCAACUCAAUAAAGUGCCAGACUUUAUCAUCUGAGAACAUUUUAUGAAGAAUUUUGCUUUGUCACUUUCUGAUGCUUUGUAUAAAAAUAGUAAAAAGCCAUAUUAUAUAAAUGAGUAAAACCCUGUAAAUAUUUUUUAGCUCAGUGGGUGAGUUGCACUAUAAAAAGCAGAGAGUCUAUGGGAACUUUUGAGCUUUUUAAAAACAAUUAUGGAGGUAAUGUAGCAACUGUACUCUUUUAAAGCACCCUUCAUGUGGAACCUGCCUUCCAAAGGUGUCCCCUUUACCCUUUUCUUCUUGUACUGUAAUGCCUGUUUCUUAUGCCUAAACAUGUGCAUAAAAGACUGCCUCCUUUUUGCAGAUACACACAACUCUUCCUCCCUCCCCUCCACCUGAAAGAGCAUGUGUGUUUAUUGGUCCUGGCCACAUGGCUGGUAUUGGUGAAAGAUUCACAAGUGACCUGUUCUGUUAAAGCCCUUGGUCUCUCUGCCCAAGCUGCUAUUUGCUGCAGUUACUCAGCAGCACUGUAGGAAAAUCGCUGCAUAUUGGCAGGAGUACCCAGGCAUUUGCAGUCUCAAACACACCCAGGGCUUAGACAUAGCCUUCCACAAACAAACACUGUUUUAAAUGGAAACAGGUGGUUUAUUCAUCCCCACCUGGAUUACUGCUUGGCCACAUGGUGCCUGCACUUUGUGGAAUCUUGCCAUUAAAUUCCAUGCUAUAUCAUUUUACUCUGAACUGUGUCUGUUAAAAUAUUCACCAAAACUGCACUAGAGGAAGAGCACUACUGAGAAAAAAGCACUAAAUAUGAAGGGUUUGGGUUUGUUUGUUUUUUGUUAUACAUAAAUUUAGGAGGAAAAAGCUUGGUGGUGAAUGCUUUCUAGUAAACAGCUGAAUCACAGUGAGAUGCAACUGCCACAGUCAACAUUCUCCUGGUAAAGAUAGGCUGCAAGGCACCAUGUACUUGCCUUCUUUGGGGCAGAGCAUGCCUUCACAAUUCCAUCUGUAAUCAUGGGACAGUGCACACCAGUGGCAGCACGUUUGGCCUGCCAAUGAGCUCACUCUAAUACUUUUUUUCUAUUUCAUGUGCUAUCAGAUAAACACUGCCUCAAGCAUGGAAUGCUGUACACCCUCUAGUGUGUAUACACUCAAUGAUGUAAUCCUAAAAGUCUGCUCAAUAAACUUUUUUUUUUUUUUUU